UGUCGUCUGCUAAUCUUCACUUCACAAAAAACUUGUUUACAUUUCAUAAAAAUUCGUCUCGUAUUUCGUACCUCGUGAGAUAACCGGAUCGAUGGGGGACAGUACUAAAGUAGUCUGUGUUUUAACCUUUUUAUGUGGCGUAUUUGUUGGCUACAAACUGAAAAGUUGGCGGAUUGAUUGGCUUAAACACCGAAGAGAGAGACUCGCCAACAAGUUACUAGCAACUCAGAAGGAAAUUGAAUUGUUGUCCAAAUCUGAUUAAGUCAACUGUUUAAAACUCAUCUACAUUUUUUUUUGUCAUGAGUAAAGUAGAACCUGUUGUAGUGAUUCAUGGAGGGGCCUGGGCGAUUCCAGAAAAAAUUUGUGAUGCUAGCAGAAAUGGGGUCAAAUUGGCUGCUAGAAAGGCUUAUGAAAUUGUAAAAAGUGGUGGCUCAGCUCUUGAUGCUGUUGAAGCUGCUGUGAUUCUUCUUGAAAAUGAACCUGUCUUUGAUGCCGGGAAAGGAUCAUGUUUAAAUGCUGCCGGGGAGAUUGAAAUGGAUGCUUCUAUUAUGGAUGGCACUUCCCUUAAAGCUGGAGCAAUUGCUGCAGUGACUAACAUAAAUAACCCAAUUAGUUUGGCUAGAUUGGUUAUGGAAAAAACCGACCACUGCUUGCUUGUGGGGGAAGGAGCAAACAUGUUUGCCAAAGAAUGUAAUGUGCCCAGUGUGGAUCCAUCAACUCUAAUUACUGAAGAUUGUCUGGAAGAAUGGAAAACAUUUCAAAAGUAUACAAGUGCUGUCGAUUCUUUGUUUAACAACCAAAUCAACUCGUUGACGAUCGGACAUGACACGGUUGGGGCUGUUGUUAUGGAUUGUAAUGGUCGAAUUGCUGCAGCUACAUCAACUGGCGGCAUCACUGGUAAAAGGGUGGGUCGAGUUGGAGACAGCCCUCUAAUAGGUAGCGGAACCUUUGCAAUCGAUGAAAUUGGCGGCGUGUCCUGCACUGGUCAUGGGGAGUCUAUUAUAAAGAUAUGUUUAGCUAAACACGUAAUCUGUUUGAUGGAAAAUGGAAUGAACGCUCAAAAUGCUGUCGAACAAUCCCUUCAAUUUAUGAAUUCAAGGGUAAAGGGAGCAGGCGGUGCAAUUUGCAUAAGCGCUUCCGGUGAAGCUGCUUUUCACUUCACCACGGAACGUAUGGCGUGGGCAAUCGCCAAGGCGAAUGUCUUAUCAUGGGGCCUCGACCCAAAUGAACACAACACGGAAAUGAUGUCGUGAAGAAUAGCUGCCAUCAUCUGCCUUUGACAACUAUAGUUAGUGCAAAGUUACCCAGACAAUUUAGGUAUGUGGUGGAAUUGAGGGCUGGGCUCAGUUUCCCUUUCUUUUUUAAAUUCCUAUUGUGAAAUCGGGAAAUUAAUAUAGUGGAAAAAAAUA